CCCACUAAACGCAGUCUGGGUCCGUUGAGGUCCUAUAAAACCCAAGGACGCGAUCGAUUAGACACCACACUCACCACUGUAGUCAUUCAUCGUACACACGCAUACCCAGAAAUCGUAAAUCGCGUCAUGGUUCGUUUAUCGUGUUUGCUUCUGUCCGCAGCCGCGUUGGCCGCUGUCGCCUUCGCCUCGCCGUUGAACAACGACAAGUCACAGGUAAUGCAAAUUACAGAAUGGUCAUAAUACCCAAAGCGGUUCUUAUUUAAAAGUAUUUAUAUCUUAUCUUCGACUUUAUUUUCACUCCCUACAAUAGGACGUAAAGAACAACGAACUUGGAAUCACAGAACAGUUACAGGAGCUCAUCGAGAAACGGGACGUGUCAGUCGAAUUGGCCGGUGCCACUGUGACCGUAUCGCCCAGAAACUUGGAUGAAAAUGAAUUGGGUCUGACCCUAAAACUGCCCAGUUCGGCCGAACCACGAAGUGAGUGUCUUUUAAACAAAUAUUUACUAUAAAAACUUUUUAUCGUAUCUUUCGAUACGUCUCUUUUUUCUCUUCGAUCAACUUUUCUCUUCUACCUGUACAUAUUAUACAGAAUUUGUAUAUACAGGCAAACGGCAUAAGCUCAAGAAAAUCCUCAUGCCGAUCAUGGUGUUCGUCAUGCUCAAAGCCCUGACGCUGAUCCCGCUCGCCAUCGGUGUGUUAGGCCUGAAAGCUUGGAACGCGCUGCAGCUGUCGUUCUUCUCGUUCGUUAUAUCCAUCGGACUGGCUAUCUUCCAGCUGGUUAAGAAAGCCGCAGAAUCGCCACCAUCCCUAGCUACCCAUGAUGCCGGCAUCUACGGUGCCCCUUCUGCCCACUACGCUAGAAGCAUCCAGGAACACGCCCAACAGUUGGCCUAUGGUUCCAACCUAAUCAGAUAGGCAUUGUGUUUUCAUCAUCGUCCGACUUCGUCACCGUCUAAACUCGGACUCCAACUACAAUAAAUGAUUAUUUAUUUCUAUUAUUUAUUAUAUUUAUUACCUAUAUGAGAAGCCAACAAUAUUGUAAAUAGUUUACAUUACAAUAGUUCACUAUAUUAUGAACAUCAUCCUUAUUAUUAUUAUAUUUGUUUAAAAAACUGUCUACCAACACUUGGUUCCGAUUGAAAAAUAUUAUAGUAUAUAUUUUAUUAAUCUAUGUAAUAUCUUUUAUUAUUUUCUGUUCUUUUUCAAUCAUUCUCGAUCGAUUUUCUUUUUCAUAUCUCUACUCUAAUUUUAAUGUAUAUUUUUGUAUUUGCAUCAUACAUUUUGAAAAAUAUUUACGUAAAAAACCUUAAUGCAUUCCUUUAAAAAUCGAAGAUUUUUUGAUUCAACUUAUAUGUAUAAUUUGGUUUUUAUUUGUUUAUCUCAAAGCUGUACAGAAGAAAACAAAUUAUAGAUACUGCUUAGCGGUUAACUACAUAUUAUAAUAGACAACCAUAUAAAAACACAAAAAUUUACUAAUAGUAAUAACUGUAUAUUUAUAAGGCCGAGUAGCAGAAACGUUUUGUAAAAAUAUUACAUAGGCGCCUGUAUAUUAAAAACACCCCUUAAAUUAUAAUGGCUCUGUAACAUGUAAAAGUUUUGCACAAAAAAAUUUGUAAUGAAUCUGUAAAUGAAAAUAUAACGAUAAC